UUUCUUUUUCGCAGAGAAACCCUUCGAAAUGAAUGUAUUAAAAACAAGACACAGUAAUUGAAAUCGAUCCCUCCUUUUCCGCCGCAAAUAAUUGAAACAGAAAAAUCUUGAAAUCCCCCGAUUCAAAUUCAAACGCAAACGCCCAACUUCCCCUCUUCAAAACCCCUCUUCUCCCCUGCAAUUAACAAAAAGAAAACCCUUUUUUCUCCAAAAGAUAUCAAAAUUCAAAAAUGAAGGCAUCAAUUAAGUUCCGCGACGAGCAAAAGCCGCUGAUUAGAGCUAAAGUGCCUUUGAGUAUUCUAGGGUUUCCUUUUCAAUCCGGCGUCGUCGCUGGCGAUUCCAAAGAGCUGUCUCUCAAUCUUUCAACUUUCUUCGACUCUGGUCCUUCUCUCAAGCUCGCCUAUCGUCCUAAUGACUCGUUUAAUCCGUUUUCUCUGGUGUUUAAAUCCGGUAUCGGACAUUUCGGAUCUCCGGUUUCGAGUUCUGUUACGAUGAGCGCUGAGUUCGAUUUUAUCGGUAAGCGGAACCCUAGAUUUUUUGUGAAUUUUAAGCCGCGGAUCGGCGAUUUUAUGUUGAAGAAGUCUCAGUCGUCGGAUUUUGUGGCGAGGAUGAAAGUCAACGGCGCGGUUCCCGACGAGGAGAAAGUGGCUGAGGCGCCGGCGGUGAGUAACGGUGAUUUUCUGAAGAAUGAUUUGUUUUCUGGUGAGAAGUUUAGUGUUAAUGCUGGCGUGGUGAAAGGAUACUUGUCUGGAACGGAGGUGACGGCGAGGACGAGUGUGCCGGUGCGGAGCUACGCGGAGGUAAACUUCCGGUGGGGAGUGAGGUUGCCGCAGGUGGAAGAUGUGGAGGCGAAAACGUUGUUGAUGAAGAGUGAGCGGACGGCUGAGAUUUCGCUUAAGAGAUUUCCGGUGUUGGUGAUGAAUAAGAUCAGUAUUGAGCACGUGGCGGUGGUGAAGGAUAAGGGAGAAUGUGAUCAAUUGAAGGAGGGGACUGGGAGUGAUAAUGUGGCAGAGGCGUAUUUGGAUGUGAGGCGUCAGCUUGAGGCAAUUCAGGUGGAGAAUGGGAAGAUGAGAAGGGCAAUGGAAGACUUGAGCUCGGAAAUCAUCAAGGAUAGAAAAGAGGUCAAAUUCUCUAGCAGAGCUGAUCGAAAAUCGCCAGAAUUUACUGAUUUUGAGAUUAGUAACAAGUCAUAAUUGAUAUUUGGCAAGGAGUAGUUAAUGUUGUGUGUUUGGAGAUCAGAGUUUGUGUCUUUUGGCGUUUGUAUGUAGAAUUUGUGGAAGCAAUGAGUAGAACCUCUCUAUUCUUUUACAUGAUGUAGUUAAAUUGCUUUGUUAUGAAAUAAAAAUGUACUAAAUUUUGAACAA